AUGACUAACGAAGAAACAUCAAACCCCAAGAAUGAAACAAUUGACAGUAGCUCACCGCAUUACAUCCAUGCCUCCGACUCGGCAAGACAGAUGCAGACCAACGAUCCCCUCACCGACAACAGGUACAUUGAUUGGGUCCAAGAGAUGGCAAACUUCCUGUUUGCAAAGAACAAGAUGGGUUUUGUAGACAGAACCAUUCCGAAGCUUAAUGAAAUGGACAACACCUACAUGCCAUGGAUGCGAUGUGAUGCCAUGAUAAAGGGGUGGCCGAUGACAUCCAUGGAGAAGAUAAUCAGAGGCAGUGUCAAAUACGCCAAUACCUUAGCAAAAAUUUGGGUUGAUCUAAAGGAAUGUUUCGGUAAGGAGACUGCUCCCCGUGCAUACGAAUUGAAACAAAAGAUCACCAUAAAAAGACAAGGUAACAAUUCUGUUUCAGCCUACUAUACGACACUUAGGAGCCUUUGGGAUGAGAUAUCCUCAGUCUUAACCACACCCCGAUGUACUUGUGGUCGAUGCACUUGUGAAAUCGGAAAACGGUUAAACGAAUUUCAAGAAAAGGAACAUUUAUAUGAGUUUCUUAUGGGCCUUGACAAUGAGUUCUCAACCAUUCGAACUCAAGUCCUCUCGAUGAAACCAAAUCCCACACUCAGAGAGGCUUACAGGCGUGCGUCUAAAGAUGAGCAACAACGAUCAAUUGUAGCAUCCAAGGAAAUCCAUGUUCAACAUGCUGCAUUCCAGACUCAUUCUCGGGAAAGGUGCAAUAAUGUUAAUAAGCAAAAUAAUAUUGGAGAUAAAAGUGGGCAAAAGGAUUCCAGACAGGAACAUUGCACCUUUUGUGAUCGAGAUGGUCACAAGAAACAGGGUUGUUUCAAGAUUAUUGGAUAUCUAGAUUGGUGGCCUGGAAAAACGAAGAAUGAGAAAGGCAAAUCAAAAGUAGCACAUGUCGACAGUGAAGCAUCCAACAUAGGAGCAUUGUCUAACAAUCAGUACUAG